AGCCUGGCCGGGAGCAGCCGCGCGCCCUGCAGGGGUCCGGGAUGCCAGCAGCCCUCCGGCGCGUCCCCUGCCUGGCCGGCUCCCAACGCGAUGGGGCGUUUGCCGAGCGGCACCCCGAGCCACUGGGUUGCGCUCAGGCAGGCAGCUGUUCUGCGCGCCCUGCACUCACAUCCGGGGCUGGGUUUGGCUAAUGGGAAGCGUAACGAACCCGGAAAAAAGAGGCGCUGGAGAGAGCCGGGCGCAGUCCCCCGAUGCUGCUGGGAGUCCCGCCGGGAGCAGCUCGCAGACUCGACGGUGCCUGAGCGCCAUGUCCGCGGCCCGCCGGCCCAGCCCCCCGCGUCGUCCCCAGGCGCAGCUCGGGGGAUGUUAGAAGGAGCUCAGAAUGCCUUAUCUGGAUCGUCAGAACCGAGUCUGUGGGUUCCUGGACAUUGAAGACAGUGAUGCCUGUGGGAAGUUCUUGCGAAGGUAUUUCAUCCUGGAUACCCAGGCCAACCUCCUCCAUUGGUAUAUGGACAAUCCCCAGAACUUGGCUAUAGGAGCAAGAGCUGUGGGACGUUUGCCUCUGACCUAUAUUUCAAAGGUCAGCGUGGCUACCCCGAAACAAAAGCCGAAAACUCCUUUCUGUUUCGUUAUCAAUGCUUUGUCUCAACGCUAUUUCUUACAAGCCAGCGACCAAAAAGAUCUGCAGGACUGGGUGGACGCACUAAAUCGGGCAAGCAAGAUAACGGUACCAAAGACUGGGAAUGUGUCUCCAACCACAGAUGCUGCAAAAGCCCCCUACAAGACUGAGAUCAUUGGUGGAGUAGUUGUGCAGACACCUAUCUCUGUCAACCAGAAUGGAGGGGACUCCUCUGAAGGUGGUGAGGUAGCAGCUCACCCUCUUUUGAGACGGUCUCAGAGCUGCAUCCCCACUUCAGGUACCAAAACAACUGGUCCUCCUCUUCUCAAGAGCGGCUACUGUGUAAAGCAGGGGAAUGUGAGGAAGAGCUGGAAACGACGGUACUUUACCCUGGACAACGUUUCCAUCAGUUACUUCAAGUGUGAGCAGGAUAAGGAACCAUUGCGGUCAGUCCUUCUGAAGGAUAUACAGAAGACUCAUGAAUGUCUAGUCAAAUCUGGCGACCUUCUAAUGCGGGACAAUCUUUUCGAAAUCAUAACAAGCUACAGGACCUUCUACAUCCAGGCCUAUAGUCCUGAGGAUAUGCACAGCUGGAUUAAAAUGAUCACGGGGGCGGUGCAAGCACUAAAGAGCUGCCCAAGGGAAAUGCCCUUAGUGAGAUCCGUGUCCAUGAGCAAACGUGGAGGCCACGCCCUGCCCAGCUCAGCCAUCCCAUCCAUUGCUAGAUUGAAGCAGUUGGGAGAGGAGAAAAAGGCCGCCCUCAAAGGGUCCUCAGCAUCAUGUUGGCUGCCUUGGACACCUGUGCCUCAGCCAGAAGGCAAGCAGCAGCCAGCAGUUAAAGAGCAAGCUGCUGAAUUGAAGGACUCUGAGUUUGCACCUGUGCUUUCCAAGAGCAAUGCUGGAGCCCUGCAGGGAGGACGCUUACGGCACAGGUCGGAACCCCAGAACUUUAAGGAGCACCCCUUCCUAUAUGACCUGGACGAUGAGACCAUCCGGACCUCGGAUGUGUGACUGCAGAGAGAUGACAGAGCUUGCAGGCAGCCCAGGGAAGCUGCUGAGGGUUCAGACGAAGCCGUGAACCCAGCGCCAAGUGUGCUGGGUGAAUGCUGGCUAGCUUGCGUAUGCUGAGGCAGUUAAGACUAGGAGCAACCAUUGCAGUGCUAUGAACUUCAUCUUGGGAAGGAUGAUCAGAAGGGGGACCACAAACACUGGCUUACUCAAGUCCUAAGACAUAGUUGAACAAGCUGUGCCCAAGGGGUUAAACUUUUCCCCAUUCUUAACCCCCUCGCCCUCCCACGUUUACAAAAGGUGGGAUCUUGCCUCCUUUACCCUGCGGAGAAGUUCAUCAAGCCCUUUUUCUCCAUCAAAUGGAGAUCUUCCACUGGAUGCUUUCUCUCAUAGUGAAAGGAGGGCCAUGUUGUCAGAUUAGUUCGGCACCAUGGAAAGAGGUUGCCUUUCUGUGUGUAUGUGUGUCUUUGCUGGAGCCAAGUAGACAUUAAUGUACCUCUUUCAGGUAGUGAUGCACUGGUGGUGUGAUUUGUGUGGUUGAUCCUUACAGAGACUGAAGACAGUGAGGCUGCUGGUUUAGGAAUUCCUUGUGGCUGUCAGCGUGGCACCCUUCUGCUGUGGGGGAGUGCACAGGCAGCAUAAGGUUGGUGGAAAGUGGGAGUUACUAGAAAACGGCUCUGGAGAUAGGAAUUUUUUUUUUGCAAAUAUAAUUGGGAGAAAGAAAAAUGGACCAGUGUGGGAUAUUCACAAAACAGCAUUUUAAAAAAUAUAGAUUAGUAAAUCUAAGACCAGAAUUUUAAAACUCUGGUAUAGGAAUCCUAACUGAUCCAGAAAGGCCAUGAAAAAAUAUUAAAACAUUAAUGUAAAAAGGCCUUUUCUGAGAGCAAACAGUGAUGAAUGAAAACUCUUCCCCUUCUGCACUUCAGAACAGUGGCACCAAACGGGAAAGGGAGAGAAAUGGGCGAGUGCUGUGUGUGCUGCAUUAAGAUGUCAAUCAACACCUAUCCGGGUGCACAGCAAACUUCACCCUUGCUUUUCUAUGCUGAUGCACUGGAAUGCAGAAGGAGAGUGGCUUUAAUUUGGAAGACGUUCAAGCAGCCUCCUGCGUGACAUGAGGGAAAGACCACACAAUAACAUACCAAUGUAAGCAAUCGAGAUACCCAAGUGGAAGAAUUGUUGAGCUGCUCUGUUUAGCACCUGGUUCCAUCUUCCCUGAUGAGAGACCAAGGACCAGGUCCUGCCCAAAGGGUGUCUAAUCUGUAUUAAUAUUUUUUUUGAGCUCUGAACAAAGCAGGCGGGCCCUUGUGAAGUUCACAGCAAACUCCUCCUUUUGAACCUCACGUAUUUCCAAAUUAACCACAUAGCUUGUCAUUUGUCAGUGUGAUAUGAUUGUGGUGGGAAGAGAUUUCUUAACAUAAAUUCUAGUGCUUUGUGGGUUUUAGCCAAGUCCCUCAACCCAGUGGGGGAAAAAUACAUGUCUGAAGCCCCUUGCAGAGGUUCUUCUGUAACGCCAUUAUAUUCUCAUAAAGGCCUCACUGAAUGUGUUGGCAGCAAUAGUAUUAACACACAAUUCCUUCUGAUUAUGUAUAUUAGAGAUGUAAAGCUGAAUUUAGCAAUGUCAGGGUCUUUCUAUAACCCAGUUUGGUACGUAUUUGGCACUAAAAAAAGUAGGCAGUACAAAUUCCAUGCUAGGAAGUUCUGCAGCAUGCAUAAAUUAUGUUAAUUAUAUGAUUUGCAUAUUACUGCAUAAUUUAUGCUCCCCCCACCAUUGUAUAACUUGUUCUGGAGUUGCUAGCUUUUGGAGAGAGGCAAGGAGCUAUGCAUGAUACCCCCUAACCACUAAAUCAUUUUAUAGCCCAUUCCUAAGCACAUUUACAAGGAAGUAAGUGUUUCUGAGCUGGGUGGGACUUAUUCCUGUGACAACGUGUACAGGCUUGUUCAGCUGCCUCUAUGCUUCUGAGAUAUCAACAGCCACUGCCGUUUUAAUCCUAUAUUGACAUUCAUAAGGACUGUUUGUUUGAAAGCUGACUGUAUUAAGCUGAACCACAUGAUGCUGCUUUUUCUGUUUCCUCAAAGAGUCACUGCAUUACACAGCCAUACACAAGAAGGAUCUUCUUGGGAGGAAAAGAGGCUCAAUGUCAUAAGAGAUUUUUUUUCUAAGCAGAGCCUGGGUAGUUGGUUCUCUGACUCUUUUCUGGGACAUCGUCUUCUGGUAUAAGAGGUAUCAUGAAAAAUAAAUUAAUUCAUUUAUGAAAUGCUCCUACAACCACAAAAUACCCAUAAGGGGGCUAUCACUGGUCUCUGCAUGAUAUACUAUUCUGGGUUCUUCAAGUCAGCCUCUGAUAGAUGGAUAAAUUUUGGAGUGGACUGCUUUAGGGGCAGACAUUUCUGAAUGUCUUAAAAAGAAAACCUUUUUGGGGUAUAAAUGCAAAGUGUGCCUCAACCUUCAGAAGCUUUGAGAAUAAUUGGGUUUAAGAACAAACAAUUCACCAGGGAAUUCUUCUGAGCAGGAAAUUGUGCAGAGAUGCAGCAGGCCUCAUUGAAAUCACUGGAAGUAGCAAAAGUGCAUGGUACUCAUUUCCUCAAAAGUCUUUGUGGCUGGAAUCUGUGUGGGCUGUCAUCUGUUGCAUGUCUAAAUGGUGAUUUCUGAGGCUUGGUAUACACAGGCAGUGAAAUAAGGAGGUAGAGGUGUAAUGCCCUGACUUGGCUGGAAUCCCCUGACUCGGAUGGAAUCUCCACGGUCAAUUAAUCACGUGAUACUCAUGCAAAAUCUCAAGGUUUCAGCAGGAACUCCCCACUGCUCAAUCGCCGAACACAGAUUCAUCCCGGUUCUGGUGCUCCCACUCCACCUUAUCACAUGUUUUUUAAGAACCUGCAUGGAAGUGCACCUUUUUAAAAAACACACGCCGAAGCCAGAUCGGUGGGGAGGUUCGGGGGUUGAAUGUAGAUUUAUUUUCCCGCUGUAGGGAGUAACACAGAGCUAUCGUACAUCUGUAGCUGCAAGGAAGGUUCCCACACAAAGACCAGUCAGAAAUUCCAUUCUCCUUCUGCAGUCUGUAGCAGUACAACUUUCUCCACCAAUUCAUUGUGUUACAGGCAUAGACCAGGAAACCUGAAGAAGCUUGAUGCUAUGGAGCUUUUCAAGUUGCCGAGCUCAUGAACUGUGGCAAAUAAAGAGCUCUGUUUGAAGUGCGAAGGAAGCAUGGUUACAGACCUGGGAUCACACAUUUUGCAUAUGAAUGAAAACAGCGCAUAUCUGCAAAAUGACAUCAUGUUGGGGGCUUGACUACACGUCAUGUUUUCAGAUUGAUGUGAUCAGAUGUGCGGUUGUGACUUCCUUGCUCGGAACUCAGUUCCUAGGUCCAUGAGGGCCAGUUAGGCUCAGUGCCAUUAGCCCAAUCUGAAAGGGCCCUGGGGACAGCUGCUUUCUCUGUGGGGUGCUCCAGGUGGGGCUGACCAGUUUGCUGAAGGUUGCCAACAAUUUUCUGGAAAGUCUUAAUUUUUAACAGGCUACAAGAUGGGCAUGAAUUCUCCAAGUAAAGCAUUUCCAAUCACAUCUUCUGCAUACUGGGAACAUCUUUCCCUGCUGCAUUUCUACCCACUUAUAAUCACCUACAGCAGGAGUACCCGACAAGCUGUCGAUGGUGCCCACUGACACUUUCCCUGGUGUUUACCAAGUGUUUUUUUUAAGUGGGCAGUCUAGUUGGAGCUUUUGCCCAGCAAGGGGUUCUGAGUAACCACGGGCGAUUUGAUUGGAUUUCCAGAUUUUGAAAAACAUUGCUUUGGCAGCAGCUGCCAUCACAAUACAAGAAUCUUCACUAUGGCAUUCGUUUUGUGGCUGGCUCCAUCUCCUGCGGCAACUGUUGUGUGGCAGCCAUUUUGUGACUAUGUCCGGCAGGCAGUGUCAGAAUUCUGAAGAUACUUGAAGAUUGCAGAUUCCUGGCCUAAAGCAUUGAAGCCUCUGUUUGCUUUUUACAAUGCGUGAAAUAUCUUGGUAAAAGCUUACAAGAGAUUUGUGGCAGUUGGGCAAGGGGGUGGGGUUUACACGAAAGCAACACCUGUGUAGUACAGUCCUGUACAGAUUUACUGGGAAACAAAUCUCAUUGGGUUCAGUAGCACUUACCGCUGUGGAAACGUCUAGAGCAGGGGUAGGGAACCUUUAACACUCAAAGAGCCGUUUGGACUCGUUUUCCAUGGGAAAAGAAAACACUUGG